GGAGGAGCAGCCUGCGCUGGGCGUCGUCAUUCUCAUUUGUAUUCCGGCGCGGAGGAGAGCGGAGGGCUCCGGGGAGGCGCUCUGGAAGGGCGCCUCCGGCAGGGGCCAUGGCAUCCGAGAAGGGCUCCUGGAGCAGUCUGACCACGCUGCAGAAGGUGGCCCUGGCACUCGGGGUCCCCGCCAGCGGGGCGAUUCUCUACAUCCUGUAUCGCCGUUACCGGGAGAGCCAAGAGGAGCGGGUGACGUUUGUGGGCGAGGAGGAGCUCCAGGUGGAGAUGAAGGUCCCGAAGGAUGCCGUGAAGCUGCUCAUCGGGCGCCACGGAGCCAACGUCAAGCAGCUGCGGAAGGAGACCCAGGCCCGCAUUGACAUCGACGUGGAGGAUUCUGGCGAGGAGCGCCUGAUCCGCAUCUGUGGCUCCGCCGUCCAGGUGUGCAAGGCCAAAGCCGCCAUCCACCAGAUCCUGGAGGAGAACAUGGCCGUGACGGAAAAGAUCCUCGUGCCCCAGCGUGCUGUGGGGCGCAUCAUUGGCAGGGGCGGGGAGACAGUGCGAGCCAUCCACCAGAGCACGGGGGCCAAGAUCGAUUGCGACCGCGAAGGGAGUUUUUCGCUCACCCGCCAGAUCACGCUCUCUGGGACUCGCAAGGAGGUGUUGGCAGCUAAGAAACUGAUCGCGGAGAAGGUUUUGGAGGAUGAGGCCUUCCACAAGAAACUCUCGCACGCGGCUUUGGCCCGGUCCCAGCGGAAGCAGCCUCUGGGCACGAGGAAGGAGGACGCUGGCGGCAGCGGCGAUCGGAGGGGGGAUCCUCUUUGCACCGGAGAAGCUUUCAGUCAGCCGCUGGGGACCCCACGCCCGGAAGGAGUCGCUGGGAAGUUCCCAGAAUAUCCCCCUGAGGAACCCCAGGAGCUGAGGAGCGCAGGCGGCUCCUCCGAGGAGUCCUUAUCGGAAACCUCUUGCCUGAGCUAUGCUUUUGAAGUCCCCAGUCCGGACUUCAGCUUCCACGCCAAUGAGCACCUGGAGGUCUACGUCUCGGCCUCCGAGAGCCCGAACCACUUCUGGAUCCAGAUUAUCGGCUCGCGCACCUUCCAGCUGGACAAGCUCACCCGUGAAAUGACACAGUACUACGACAGCGGCCUUUCGGCUCCCCAGCCGGAACUCCUGAAGGUGAACGUGGGGGACAUCGUGGCCGCCCCGUAUCCCGAAGACCGCGCCUGGUACAGAGCCAGAGUCCUUGGCACCUUGGGCAAUGGAAACAUGGACCUCUACUACGUGGACUUUGGUGACAACGGAGAGGCCCCUUUGGAGAAGCUGCAGCCGUUACGGAGUGACUUCCUCAGCCUCCCCUUCCAAGCGAUAGAGUGUGGCCUUGCCGGAAUCGCUCCAGUGGGAGAGUCCUGGUCCGAAGCCGCGUUGGACGAGUUUGACCGCCUCACACACUGCGCCAAGUGGAAGCCGGUGCUGGCGAAGAUCUCCAGCUACCUGCCUGCUGGGAGCAGCACCUGGCCUCACGUCAGAUUGUACAAUACCACCAGCGGGCAGGACAUCGACGUCGGUGCAGAGCUGGUGCGGUUGGGCUACGCGGUGCAGUGCCCGCAGGAUGGAGACGGCGGGGCUGGAGAUGGGCCCGAUCCGUUGGACAGAGGUGCCCAGCACAGAAGCCUGGGAGACGCGACGGGGGUGUCCCUGGAGAGCCUUCUCUCAGACACGCAGAAGACCCCCGACGAGAUGCCCCUCACUUUGUCCUGCCUCAGCCUUUCCGAUGAGCCUGUUGAAGGACCUCGGGACGAGACGGAGCCCCCCCACUGCUUGGCAUCCACCCUGGAAGGUCUCCUCCCCUCGCUGGAGUCCCUGCAGCUCUCCCUCCCCUUUGCCACCCCUUCGGAGGGUUUCCCCUCCACCCCUCGCCCCUGCGAAACAGGGGGCGGCAGGGGGCGCUCCCAUUCAAACCCACCUCCAGAAACGCCCGCUCAGGCAGAGGCGGCGAUGGAGUUGACCCCUCUGCCGGACGUUGAGCUGUGGGCGGCCAAAGCGGAACAGGCGUCCACCCCCAGCGGUCUUGGCCAACCCGGAGAGGGGGCCUCGUCCCCCUGGCUCUCGAGCGAAGGCUGCCCCGGCGAGGAGGACCUGUCAAUCAGCCAGGCGGACAGCAGCACCUACUCUCCCCGGGGCUACUUCUACUACCUCUCCUCGUCCGGGGACACUUGCGAUUCCUCGGUCUUCUACUGCAAAGGGUCCCCCUCCCUCGCCGACGAGUCUAGUGGCACGUCCUGCAGCCCCUCCAGCCCCGUUUCUGAAGGCAGCGGGAGGAAAGGUACAGUCCUCUGCGCUUGAAGCGGCACUCCUGGAGGUGUCGAAGGGGGAGCACUGCGCUUGAGCCGGGGGCCACUGGGCACACUGCCUGUCACACACGGGAUGCCAGCUUUGGUUGCCUUGAUCACCUCUGCUUUGGGACGGCGGUUGUGUUCUGGAGAGCUCUGGGGGUGGAGGGGAAACAGCCCUAGGUAGGAGACCGUGGGGCCCCCACCAGAGUUCAAGUGUCAACCCUUUUAUUCAGAACCAUGAGGACUGGGACCUUAGGUAUUUGGGGGAAAGCCGCUACUUUUUAUGCGUAGAUUAAUCGACUUUCAUUUAAGUUGGUUGACCCCUGAAGGCUAAUGGGAGCCAUCGAGACUGGAAGUUGACACACAACCUCCUGUUAGGAUUCUUGCUCCGUGUUUGCAGUCAUGGGAUUGUUUUCUAUCACAUGAUGGUGUAUGUUUUCAUUCCACAGUGUGGGAAGUGACGGAGACGGGAUGUUUUGGUAUUACUGUGUUCUGUGAAGUGGGACUAUUUUCCUUUGUUCUUCUCUUUGCUGUCUGAUGAGAAA